CACCGACCACCCAUGUCCUGAGCUGUCCCCGCUGUGUGUACCGACCACCCGUGUUCUGAAAUGUCCCUGCUGUGUGCACUGACCACCCGUGUCCUGGGCUGGCCUUGUUGUGCGCGCAGACCACCUGGGUUGUGCACUGCCCUGCUGCACGCCUGGACUGCCCUUGCAUGAACCGCCCCGUGGCGUGCCCGGAGUGUGGCUGCCUGUGGUGCCCCUGGGUGCUUGGGCCAUCGCUGCCAGUUGUGUCCCCCUGUGCUGGGGCCGGGCUCCGCAGCUGGAGUCCCUUUGGGUCCCUGGGACCCCUGCCCAGGGGUAGGUUGUCUGCCUGUUGCCCAAGACUC